AUGGCAGAUUUCAGUCGAAAGUCGAAAUCAAGUCUCCUAUCAAAAAAUCUCACAAGAACGAAGGAAAAGGUUCUUCAGAGACUUGGCAAGGCUGACGAGACCAGAGAUGUCAACUUUGACCUUUACUCACAGAAUUUUAACCAACAGCAGGUGGCGGCAUCGCGGCUACAGAAGGAACUUAAGACAUAUGUGGCUUGUGUACGAGCGAUGAGUAGUGCUAGUCGCAGUUUGCAUGAAGCAUUAGAAAGCAUCUAUGAGCCAGACUGGGUCAGGAGUGACCAGAUACCUCAGUACAAAGAAACACUAGAACUUCUAUGGGACGACUUCCAGAGAAAGUUGAAUGACCAAGUGGUGAAUCCUCUCUUUACCUACCAGUCCAAAUUCCCUGAUGUGAAGAAACAUGUGGAGAAGCGAAAUCGAAAGCUGAUUGAUUUUGACAGCGCAAGACACAACUUAGAAACGCUGAAGAAGAAAGAUGAUGCCAAGGCAGCUAAGGCUCAAGAGGCAUACAAUGAAGCCAAAAAAUUAUAUGAAGACAUUAACAAUGAAAUCUUAGAAGAACUUCCAGCACUCUACGACAGUCGCAUUCCCUUCUACGCCACCACCUUCCAGCUUUUCUACAGUGCCGAGGCAACAAUACAUGACGAGUUGGGGAAGAUGUGUCUAGAUCUAAGUAACAUCACGGGAGAACUCUACGAUGAGACGUCUAAAGGAACAUAUGAAACCAAAAGAUACUCAUCGGCCGGGUCCUCCGAUGUCACCAGCAACGCUCAUACGUCUCAAGCAACCUCACCCGGCAACGCCUCCCAAGAGGAUUCCAUCUACGAGGUUACAGUCCCUGAACAUUAUGAGGAAAGAGAGGUUGCACCCAGGCCUGUGCCUCAACCUCAACCUCGAGAACCUCAACCUCGAGAACCUCAGAAGCAAGAGGUUGCUGAUGAGGUAGAGGAUGAGGAUGAUGACGACCAUUUUGAGUAUCAAGUCCCGCGACCCGCUGAUCCUCCAAACCCAGAGCCAAAGAUUUUGACGACCCAGAACAGUGAGGAAGACAAGCCAGUCGUACCACCACUCGCGUCUCCUGAAACCGUCUCACCAAAUAAAUCAAACGGAGAACUGCCACCAGGGGUUGUGUUUAGGGUGAGAGCGACACAUAACUACAUAAGACGAGAUUCAGAUGAAUUGACGUUUGAGAAGGGCGACAUUAUUGAUGUACUCCAGUUUGAUGACCCGGACGAUCAGGAUGAAGGCUGGUCACUUGGAAUUAAAGUAACCGAUGGAACAAAAGGAGUCUUCCCUGAGAACUUUACUGUACGACUUUGAGAUACUGCCCUCGGUGUCUCCAUUUGAAGAGCUAACAACCAGAGUAUUAGUCCAAAAGAUUUGACACAACAUGGCAUGACAAGGUAGAUGUAAAAGUCCAGGCUUGUGAAACUUCAAACUGAGUCAUAGUUAAGAGAAUAUUUUUAUUUUGUCAUAUCUUUCUGAUUGUCUUUAGUUUGAAGUGGCUGAAGGGGUUAGGCAGGGUAUACUUUUGGUAUUCUUACUUGGUGUAACCCAACAUAUACAUAAAAUAACAAACCUGUGAAAAUUUG